AUGAAAAAGUUGGGAAUCGCAGGUAUCUUGAUCGCAGUACUGGCGGUGUUCACCCUUCCAUCGCGAGGGCUAGACCAACCCAAUGAGAAUGUGCAGAAGCUGAUGCGGCACAAACUCGAGUAUUCACAGGGCGUGCUCGAAGGCUUAUGUGUCGAAGACUUCCCAAUGAUCGUCGAAAACACGAAGGAAUUGGGCAACAUCAGCAAGGCGGCCUCGUGGAAUGUGAUUGAAACGCCGGAGUACGCCGUCUACAGCGCCGAGUUCAGCCGAGCAGUGAAAGACCUGGCGGAAGCUGCGGAGAACAAGAAUCUGGAUGGCGCCACGCUGGCCUACGUGGGCAUGACGAUGAAGUGCGUUAGCUGCCAUAAAUACGUGCGUGGCAUAAGGGUGGCUGCCGGCGAGAGCGUAUCGCCAGAAUUCGAGUUGCAGACGGUCUUGGAUCUGACGCUGCUUCUCCCGGGGCCUCUUUGUACGCAAAUUCUGUUGGACCUGGGAGCGAACGUCACCAAGAUUGAGCCUCCCGCUCCUGGCGAUUACAUGUCGCUGUGGCCUCCGCUGGCCGGCUCGGUUUCGGCGAUGUACCUGGCACUCAACCACGGUAAGCAACAGCUCACGCUCAAUCUCAAAGACGCGACCGACCGUGAGAAGUUUCUGGAGAUGGUCGCCAAGGCAGAUGUGGUUGUGGAAGGAUUCCGGCCGGGCGUACUUGAUCGGCUCGAAGUGGGUUACGAACAACUGAGGGCCGUGAAUCCCCGCAUUAUCCUGUGUAGCAUCUCUGGCUACGGCAAAGAUGGGCCCUUAUCGCAGCGAGCCGGGCACGACCUCAAUUACCAGGCUCUGGCUGGGGUGUUGUCGUUAUCUGGUGGCGAUGCAUCUACGCCGCCGAAUCCAUCGCUGCAAGUUGCCGAUACCUGUGGCGGAUCGUAUGCCGCUGCAAUGCUGAUCAUGGCGGCAUUGUUCGAACGAACCACAACUCACGUCGGUCAGCACAUCGACGUGAGCAUGUCUGAACAACUGCUGCCGCUGAUGACUACGUCGUUCGCCAACGCAUCGGUUGAGAAUCGCGAUCCGCAGCGGGAUGGAGAGCUGCUCUCCGGAGGAGCACCCUGUUACCGCAGCUAUCGCACGGCCGACGAUCAAUACUUCACCGUGGGGGCGUUGGAGCCGAAGUUCUGGCAUGCUCUGGCGGCCGCAAUCGAGUUGCCCGAACUGGCCGAAACUCCUCACUUGGUCACCGAGCAAUCAGAAGCGAUUACCCAAAGGCUGGUCGAAGUUUUCGCUUCGAAAACGGCCAAGGAAUGGACUGCGAUCUUCGCAGCCACAGACGCCUGCUGUGAAAAAGCCUUGGAGUUCAACGAGGUUGUGUCUCACGAGCACUGGGUCGCUCGAGAAAGCUUUCGGGAAAUUGAGGCUUCCGACGGCAGUCGGCUGAAAGUUCCCAAAAUGCCGGGAUCUCUGGCCGGAAUGAAUCGCCCCCGCUGA